AUGCCGAUGUCGGAUCUGCUUGAAUCUGACUCACCUGGAGAGGAGGAAGUCGCGACUGUACAGGUUGGUACGAGUGCUGAUGCCACUGCCAAACAAGAUGAAGUUUAUAAGCCUCGGUUCAGAAGGACUAGGACUGGAUGUUUGCGGUGCGACGAGGAGAAACCAGUGUGUAGGCGAUGCCGGCAUUCCAAGGGAGAGUGCAUAUGGCCUAUACUUCUUCGGGUCUGCGGCAACGAGAAAUCACGAAACCCCGACGAAGAGACCACCGACCGACAACGUGAGGACGGUCACCAGCCAUCCAAGAAGCGACGUCGCAAAGAUGCGGCUCACAUAUACGAAACAGGCCAAGAUAAGGGACAUCAGGCGGGACCAACAACAAAUAAGCGACAGCAAGAAGGAGAAAGAGCGAGGAAAGAUGUAUAUUUCCCGCUAAAUGAGGAACAAAUGGUCGGUCAAGCGAGCGAUUAUACGUUUGAUUACGAUUCCGACAUCGCCAGGAUCACGAGGACAGUCAAGACUGUGGCCACUGCUCGGCAAUCGAAGAAUGGACUAGAAGAGGAGGACGUCAUGGAUCUUGUUAGGGCACAAGGAGAAGAUGGAACGCUGGCGAGGGUGCCUACUGAGCCUUUGGUACUUGUAUUUCCUAACGACCAUGAAAGAGAGCUUAUACAUCAUCUACUUUGUUUCGGGAAUAUCCUGCUUUACGCCGUACCUCGAGCCAAUCAACCGAUUCAGUAUCUCAACCUAGGGCAAUGUCUCACCAAUCGCCGCGGGACAUCGAUCAAGACCGACGCUGUCCUGUUAUCGCUGCUGUCUGUCGCGGCGGCACACCGAUCAUCGAUUGUCAUGCAACAAGAGCACAAGUAUUUGAAAUCGCCUCCAGUGGGAAGAUGGGGCAGUCCGCGUCCUGGCCAUAUCGCCCUGAUCGAUCAUCCGGAAUCGGACCAUAUGCCAAUCGGCUUGGGGGGCGAGUCCUCACAGAGUCAAGUCACUGUGAGGAGGCAUGAAGGGGAGGGAGAUCACCGCCGAGCUAUCGGAAACCAAUUUGCGAGAUUGGCUCUUGAGCUGUGCAAGACGGGUGUUCUCUUGAAACUCGCAUCGGGAAGCAGAUCAUCGUCCUUAACUCCGACUAUCUCUACGGACAACCAUGCGGUGCAGCGCAAGGAGGUCAACGAUGAUCUUGAGGAGAUAUCGAUCUUACUCUUAUCAAGCACCGUAUCAAUUAUCAUCUCCCAGGCUCUUAAUGGCGGCACGUUGUGGCGAGAGGCCUAUGCGACAGCGCUAACCAUUAUCGGAGCGCGUGGUGGACCCCUGAGGAUGUUGGAGUCGGCCCAGCGCAGAUCGAACGAGGAGAUUAUGAGGGUCAGGACGUUAUUGGAGAACUUGGUCAUCGUGGACGUGUGUUGGUGUCUGGCUUCUGGGUCCGCGCCGACACUGAUGACCGAGGCAUUCGCCCCUUGGUGGUUUGACUUUGUGGAGAGCGAUGAGGACACUGUGCAUAACUCUUACGGGGUUGAUCGGGGUGUAAAUGAGAUGCUGAACCGAGUCAACAUUCUGGUACACGAACGCAAACUACUCACCACAGCACUGGACCCCACAUAUCUCCAACAACAUCUCGAAAAGGUCCACGAUCUUUUGCUAGAGCUUUCCGUGUGGGAGAAUGACUUGCAGAAGGAUGCCGGUAGUGGAAGGCCUGCUAGAGUGGCCUUGGGGAAUACUGUGCUCGUCCACACGAUCAAGAUUGUGAUCCACGUGGACCUGCUCGACCAUCCGCAUUCGCACUCCGAAGUACAAGCCUCCGCCGAGAUUGCUAUUGGCAAUCUUCGUCGGUCUAGUGCAGGAUCGGCUGUGGUGGCUCUUCUUCUCCCUGCCAUCAUCAGUGGCUCGAUGAUGUUCAAGGAAGAAGGGAGAGACCGGAUCAGGAAAGCGAUCAUGGAGCUACGAUCAACCACAGCAUUCGCUUUUGACGUUGAAGAAGCCCUUGGGAUGUUGAACAAGCUGUACGCUCUUCGGGAUCAGGGUCAGGUAGAUCCGCCUUGGCGCGAGGUGAUGAAGGCUGGGCUAUUGUUGAUCUGA